CUUUAACGUUAAUUAAACCCUCCUAACGAGUAUGUUUGCCGUACUGGACCUGACUGAAUUCAAGCUGCUUCAAUUCCCAGAUGUCGGACAUCGCAGUUUCGCCCUAUUCGUGGGCUACGGGGUAUGUACUGUUCAACCGCAUAUCUGAUAACCUUCGAAUUGGCCAAACCGAUGCUGGCACCAUUUGCUCGAGGACUGCGGCAUCAGAUAUGCUCAGCAGCUGGCGAGGUCGCGAGAAUUGUGGUUGACGCUAUUGUCAAAGUUAUUUCUUGUACGGAGGUAGCUACGGUUUGGGCAACGUUUUUGACAGUCGACCAGACAUGCUCAACAUAAAAAAUAAAACAAAAUGGAAGGUUUAGGGUUACAAGUGGCCGGUUUUUAGGCUAUAUAUAUAUGGACGUACCUCUGUCCAGGAGGCAGUUCUCCCUUCCCAAAACCAUUCACUUCAAGUCUACCGCUCCAUCACACCAUGUCUCCAACAAACCCUGACAUGAAGCAAGGGAGCUCGGGGUGGAAUAAAUUGCCUAGAGUAAUCCAGCUUCUCAUCCUAGAAGCCCUGAUGCAAGACGGUUGUACACUGAGUCGCUUUGCAACGGUAUCUCGAGAGUGGCAAACGGUGCUCGAGCGACACAACUUCGCCCGAAUCAAACUGACACCAUUGCGCACUGUUGACUUUGGUUCGAUGAUUCGUCGCAACCGGGUUCUGCCUGGAACUCGACGACUACGACUAUACCUGUCACGGCACGGUACGUAGGCGCUGUGGGCAGGCCUACGGGUGCGUGACCAUACUAUAACCUACUACAGAUUGCAGCUUGGCAGCUUGCAAUUCUGGCAUCCGUUUCGAAGGUGUGGUGCAGCGGUAGUAGGUGCUGAGCGCCGCCGUCACA